AUGGAGAAAGCGCUCCUUGAUUUAGGAGCUGGUGUGAAUUUACUCCCGUACUUGGUGUUCGUGCAGUUAGGACUGGGAGAAUUGAAGCCCACGACGGUUGUCUUACAGCUUGCUGAUCGAUCAGUUGAGAAACCACGUGGUAUUGUUGAGGAUGUGAUCAUAAGGGUGGACAAGUUCUACUUUCCAGUAGAUUUUAUCGUUCUUGAUACAGAACCUAUCCCAAAUCCGAAUAAGUUGAUUCCCGUCAUCCUGGGACGUCCUUUCUUAGCCACGGCUAAUGCGUGCAUUAAUUGUAGGACCGGAGAGAUGGAAAUCACGUUUGGCAACAUGAAGGUCAAGUUGAACAUCUUUAAUGCCUUCCAGCACCCGCCGGACAUGAGUGAGUGUUUCUUCUUGGACAUCAUCGAGGAAACUGUGGAAGACACACUCCCCUAUCAGUUAAUGAAAGACCCCUUGGAGGCCUGCCUAACUCAUUUCGGUAGUGAAGACUUCAACACGGAGCAUUAUAUCAGCGAGGUUAGUUCCUUACUAGAUACUGCGGCCGCCAUAGACUUUCCCCCAUGGAGAGCACCCAAGGAGCCUUUACCUAUUACUUCAGGCACUCCUCCCAUUCCUUCCCUCAUUUCCCCACCAAGACUAGAGCUCAAGCCACUCCCUAAAAAACUCAAAUAUGCGUUCUUAGGUUCGAACGAAACUCUCCCGGUCGUCAUUGCUUCUGAUUUAAGAGAAGACCGAGAGAGCAGCUUGAUGGAAGUACUCGAGGAGUAUAGAGAAGCGAUUGGGUGGAGUGUGGCUGAUUUGAAGGGGAUUAACCCUUCCAUCUGUAUGCACCGCAUUCAUUUGGAAGAUGACGCCAAACCUUCUAGAGAGGCGCAGCAUCGGUUAAACCCUAAUAUGAAAUAG